AUGGGAGCUUAUCCCUUCCAACCCGGUCUUUCUCGCACGAUAGAGGUCGUGGGAGAUGAACGGAGGGAAGGAAGGGAUUUCAAGGCAUGGACCUCGCCUUGCGCUCCACCUUGCAGUGCGAAUUUUGGGUAUGGGGUCUACGGGUGGAGGAGGAGAGGAGAGAGGAGGUAUGAGAGGUGUGAGUGUGAUGGAUGGGUAUCUCUGUUCUUUGAUCUCAGCUUCAUCUGUUAG